GGAUCAUCCAGGAUCAUCCUCGAACUUGUCAACCUCGAACCAAUGUCAUACAAUGUCAAGGCGCUUCGUUUUCUCCCCGCUUUCACAACAAGUAUUGCAUUGUUUCUCUAUCCUUACAUAGGUAGCUUGUCUUGCAAAGCGUAAAAGCACCGGCUGGAUGCUGAGCCUUCUUCAAAAAGAGUAGGGAGGGGUCGUCAGAACGUCUGCGUCUGCGACAGGUUUACUCUAGACUCUAGACCCCAGUUUCCAAAGUAAUUGGGAGGCAAGUCCCAUCCAAGCAGGCUCGAAGUGGCUGAACGCACAAUGGUGGUCAUUGAGCUGCGCAUGCAGAAUCACAGCAUCCCUUGGGAACAUGUGCUCCCUGAUGUGGACCCCAGGAGCCUCACCGCUGGACGUGCAAAGGCCUUGCUGCAGCAAAAGCUGUGCAUCUCUUCUAGGGGUAUGGAGCUCCUGCUGGGGGGUUGGCAGCCGGUUCAGGAAGACCAACGCGUCCAAGAUUGUUAUGCAAGCUAUUAUCAAGCUGUCGAACUGGAUAAUGGGAGGGACCGCACCACAUAUAGUUCCUUCCCGCAUGACUCUGCUGAGGUUGCGUUCGAUGUGGACACAGGGCGCCUGUUCUAUCAUGCGCACAAAAGGCCUGCAGAAAAGAAGCUGAAGGAUGAAGAGGAGCUUGCUGCCGUGUAUGUCCUGGAUAAGCUGGUGCUUCAUGUGAAGACAACCCAGGCACGUCUCCCUUCUCAAAACCUGCCCUGGGGAAGAACCAGAGGAACAGUUAUCGCCUUCGUCCUCGGCCCCACUCGUGACGUCACGCGCGUUGUAACCUUGACUACAAUCAACAAAAGCACGACCCUCGAGGCGCUCCAGUCGUUGAUCUUUCAAGAGACGGGAAUUGAGUCAAAAGAGCAGCAUCUGCGGGUCAUUGGUGGCACAAGUUACAUCCUCGAAACUAAAGACUCUGAUCGGAAGUACUGCUGGCAGCAGGGAAUCAAGUCGGGCUCGUUUCUUACGGUCGAGAAGAGAUGGGACGGACAAAUCCAGAUUUUUUGCAAGGGGCUCACCGGAAGGACGAUCACUUUGAACUGUUACGGCAAUGACUUGGUGGAGGACGUGAAGAGACAGAUUGAACAACUGGAAGGCAUCACGUCGUCAGCGCAGCGCCUCAUUCAUGCGGGACAGCAGCUGCAGGAUGGACUCACUCUGACAGACUGCAAAGUUCAACGGGAGGCCACUCUUCACCUUGUGCUGAGACUGGGGGGCGGCAUGUUCCACGCCUCGAGCGGCAGGAUGGACUUCGAGCAGCUGCGCGCUCUGACGACGAACCUCAAGGUCAAGAUGGUCCGCAAGGGUGUCUGCAUCAACGAACGGACGGUCCGCAUCGACGGCACAACGGAGGCCCGUCGGUUGAGCGAGGCGCUUGCGGGGCCGCACAGUGCCACGGACAAAGAGGUGCAAGAACUGGAGGCAAAGAAACGGGGCCUGGAGGAAGCGAUCGCCGCGCUGAAACAGAACAGGGGGGCAACAGCAGCGGCAUAACCAGGAGUCGCCUUCUUGAUUGUUUGCUUUUGACCCGGCCCCGUUCUUGCUUUUUCGCAAAACAUGCUUGUUUGAACGAAGUUCAAGUUUCUCACAGAGGCAGUGAUUCGAUAAACUGACGUGCUUUAGGCCUGCAUAUCUAGUUGUAAUUCAGGACAUGCAGAUCGGACACGUACAUUAGCAGAGCUCUUGUGUUCGGUUUGCAUGGGGACCAUGUCGUUGGCAGAUGUAGCUGGCAGAUUGGUGAUCCCUUGAGAAGGAACCUAAGGCGAAGUAGCAGACUUCUUCAAGCAACCUACAUAAAAAGAAAAGCCCCCAAAACCUUUAUCAGGUCAAGAUCAAGCUACACUGUCGGAAGGUUGCAUCUAUGUAGUAUCUUGCCGCCAGAAGUCAUAACCAAGGUUGUGUAUCUUACGACCGGACUAUAGGAUAGCUAGCUUACUAAGCCUCGUUCAUAUAGAUAGAGAGCCAUUGAAACCAUAUAUACUGGACACUUAGUAAUAGACCUUUGAAGUUCGCACUGAAAGAUGCACCGCCGCACUGUACUCUCCACCGGUACGUGCCAUACGGGAG